GCGGCUGCCCUCCCCGUCAGCCGCCUUCGCCGCCGCGGUGCGCUGGCUGCAGGAAGCCGCCGCGCCGCCGCUUUUGUUGUCAGGGACCCCGCGAGGAGCGCUGCUCGCCGGCCGCCGCCGCCCUCUCUCACUGCAGCCCGCUCUCCGGCCGCGGGGCCCGGGUCCCGGGCGCCCCGCCCGCCCUGCCCAUGAGGGGGCCCCGCGACCACCGCUGCCGCCAGCCUCGGGCGGCGCGGCGCUGAGGCGGCGGCGGCGCGGCCCCCUAUGCGGGAAGCGGGCGGCCUCCGCCCCGUCUCCGAGGGCACCAUGGAGGUGAAUGCGGGAGGUGUGAUUGCCUAUAUCAGUUCUUCCAGCUCAGCUUCUAGCCCUGCCUCUUGUCACAGUGAGGGUUCUGAGAAUAGUUUCCAGUCCUCCUCUUCUGUUCCUUCUUCUCCAAAUAGCUCAAAUUCUGAUAACAAUGGUAAUCCCAAAAAUGGUGAUCUCUCCAAUAUUGAAGGCAUCCUGAAGAAUGAUCGACUAGACUGUUCUAUGAAAACAAGCAAAUCGAGUGCACCUGGGAUGACAAAGAAUCAUAGUGGAGUGACAAAAUUUAGUGGCAUGGUUCUGCUGUGUAAAGUCUGUGGGGAUGUGGCGUCAGGAUUCCACUAUGGAGUUCAUGCUUGCGAAGGCUGUAAGGGUUUCUUUCGGAGAAGCAUUCAACAAAACAUCCAGUACAAGAAGUGCCUGAAGAAUGAAAACUGUUCUAUAAUGAGAAUGAAUAGGAACAGAUGUCAGCAGUGUCGCUUCAAAAAGUGUCUGUCUGUUGGAAUGUCGAGAGAUGCUGUUCGGUUUGGUCGUAUUCCUAAGCGUGAAAAACAGAGGAUGCUAAUUGAAAUGCAAAGUGCGAUGAAGACCAUGAUGAACAGCCAGUUCAGUGGUCAUUUGCAGAAUGACACAUUAGUAGAACAUCAUGAACAGACAGCGUUACCAGCCCAGGAACAGCUGCGACCUAAGCCCCAGCUGGAGCCAGAAAACAUCAAAAGCUCUUCUCCUCCCUCUUCUGAUUUUGCAAAGGAAGAAGUGAUUGGCAUGGUGACCAGAGCGCACAAGGAUACCUUUAUGUAUAAUCAAGAGCAGCGAGAAAACUCAGCAGAGACCAUGCAGCCCCAGAGAGAACGGGUUCCUAAGAACAUGGAGCAAUACAAUUUAAAUCAUGACCAUUGUGGCAGUGGGCUUAGCAGCCAUUUUCCUUGUAGUGAGAGCCAGCAGCAUCUCAAUGGACAGUACAAAGGGAGGAACCUAAUGCAUUACCCAAACGGGCAUGCCAUUUGUAUCGCAAAUGGACAUUGUAUGAACUUCUCCAAUGCUUAUACUCAAAGAGUAUGUGAUAGAGUUUCAAUAGAUGGAUUUUCUCAGAAUGAGAACAAGAAUAGUUACCUGUGCAACACUGGAGGGAGAAUGCAUCUGGUUUGUCCAAUGAGUAAGUCUCCAUAUGUGGAUCCUCAUAAAUCGGGGCAUGAAAUCUGGGAAGAAUUUUCGAUGAGCUUUACCCCAGCAGUGAAGGAAGUGGUGGAAUUUGCAAAGCGUAUUCCUGGAUUCAGAGAUCUCUCUCAGCAUGACCAGGUCAACCUUUUAAAGGCUGGGACUUUUGAGGUUUUAAUGGUACGGUUUGCAUCAUUAUUUGAUGCAAAGGAGCGUACUGUCACCUUUUUAAGUGGAAAGAAGUAUAGUGUGGAUGACUUACACUCAAUGGGAGCAGGAGAUCUGCUAAACUCUAUGUUUGAAUUUAGUGAGAAGCUAAAUGCCCUCCAACUUAGUGAUGAAGAGAUGAGUUUGUUUACAGCAGUUGUCCUGGUAUCUGCAGAUCGAUCUGGAAUAGAAAAUGUCAACUCUGUGGAGGCUUUGCAGGAAACCCUCAUCCGUGCACUAAGGACCUUAAUAAUGAAAAACCAUCCAAAUGAGGCCUCUAUUUUUACAAAACUUCUUCUAAAGUUGCCAGAUCUUCGAUCUUUAAACAACAUGCACUCUGAGGAGCUCUUGGCCUUUAAAGUUCACCCAUAAGGCCUUUGUUUAUUUAAACAUGAAUUGAUUCAUUCUAACUGUACAUUUUGUGCUAAAAUGCUUAUUUAUAUGUGUAUACCGUAUGUGGAGAUAGAAAAGACCUUUAAGACAAUACAAGAUUGUAGGCUAUCUCUGUAAUCAUUCAGUAGCUGUUUGGAUUGAGAUUUCUUCAGCCACGAUUAGACAUUGACCGCAUUUCCCCGAUAGACCAAUCAGCUGUGUCGCACUUAAACUGGAAAAGUUACACUGAAUUAUAAUCACACUGAAUGUUAGACUUUUUCAUCUGCCAAAACCAAAUAAAUAUAACGCACAAUCAUAAGUAUAUGAGGACUUAAAAACUAAUCCUUUGUGGUAGUUCUGUUGUAUGAUGGAAACUUGAUUUCACCACAAGACUAUUUGGUCUGAUAAUUGGAGACUUUGCAAGUUAGGAGAGCUCCAUGUCUGUAUUUUACUCUGCCGCUGUUGAAAGUAUGUGAUCCUGGGCAGGUUAGUUGGUUGUGGAAGAUGAGAAUUGAUGGUGUUCCCAGUGUGUCCCCCUCCGCCCCCCACGGAGAUACUAAAAAAUGUCUGUAAAGCAUAUUUACCUCUUGGGAGAUAGGCACUAUGUAAAUAAGGUAAAGUUUUUGUUAUUAUUCAUAAUACUCUUUUCUUAUUUCUGAGAAAUCAUUUCACAGUCCACACCAAUGUAUUCAGGGUUCCUGCAUAUGUGUGGGGUAUCCUCCUGGCACACACAUAUUCAAAGUUUAUGGGUACAUCAGAUGCAUAGUAUGUGUACAUAAUAUGUAUGUGAAUAUAGUUAUACAUAAAUAUAUUUCUUCACAAUAUUUUAAACUGUGAAGAGCUUUAUCUGAAAACACCUAAAACAAGAGGUGUCAAAAGACCCGAAUUAGGUGCAUUUUACCUGUUAAUGACAUAACCGUUGCUUUAAAUGUUUAGACAGCAGAAUAUUGAAUUUAUGCUAUAUUUUUGUUUAUUUAAGCAACACUUAAAGUGUAACAGGCAGUUGAGUCCAAAUUUCAAAAAAUGUAUAUUUUAGGGUUCAUCUUUGGUUCAAGGUACUAGUUGUUUAAAAGUUCAUUCAGAUAGUUACCUUGUGUUAAAAAAGGUUGCAUUGCUGCCCCUUAUAUACAUGAUGCAGCUUGAUGGUAAAUAUUUUUAUUCUUUCUGGGAAACCAAUCAAUGUUUAAGGAAACUGUUUAAUACAUUGGCAUGUGUGAAAGAGAGAAAGAGAGAGUGUGAGUGCGUGCGUGUGUUCUGAGUCCACUUUUUUUCCCCCUAAAUAACACUACAGGGAUUUUGUCAAAUUAGAUUUAAUCUAUAAUUUGAAAAAUCAGUGUGUGACCUACAGGCUUAGAAAUGGUAUAGUCAGAGACAUUUCAUCUGCAUUUCUAAUAUUGGGCUUUAUUAAAUAGAUAAGAGCAGCCUCUGUUUAUGGUAGUAGGAGAAAUUGCCAAAGUAGAGAAUUUUGUGUAUUUUUUUGUUAUCCUGGAAAAUAGCAAUUAUUUGGAUUUUUUGGUAAAGAUUGCCUUCUGUAUAAUUUUUGGAUUAUAUAAAAUUGCAGAGAUGAAAAGAGCCUGCUUUACUAUACUCAGCCUGUUACUUUAAUGACAUGUGAGCAGAAUGCCUUAUUUUGUAAUCUUGUUUAACUUGUUGCUACUGGGACUUGAAUUUCUGUGGCACUAGUUAAGUAAGUUAAAAAAAAAACAUUAAACCCUCUCAUUGUUAAAGAGGAAAGGUGAUGGUGAUGUCUGUAAUACAAUAUAAACCAUAAUUGUGAUUUACCUUAAGUAGGUAUGACUUUUAUGGGAUAUACAGUAUAGUUUUUGUGAAUCUUUACAUGAUAGCAUUAUCUUUUUAUAAUUUUUUUCCAAGAUAAAUGCAUAGUUUCUUCUAUGGGAGAUAGAAACAGCUUUUUGAAGUAAUACUGAAACCUCAAAGAUCAUGUUGAUUCUUAAUUUUUGCCUUUUGUGUAAGCCUCUUUAUAACAUGUAUCUUUAAAACAAUUACUAAGUCUUUAGGAAUGUGUAACCACAACUAUGUUAGUAUUGCUUAUAAAACUUUAGUUAGGGUUCAGUAUAUACAUGUGUACAUCUAUAUAUAGGUAUAUAGAUUCAUAUUUUGUCUUGUAAAAUUUUAUUUGAAUGAAUUCUUCCUGUAGGUAAUGGGAAACAAAAUUAACAGUUCAUAUGCCACUCAUAACAUUUCUAUAUUUGAAAAUAGCCCAAUAUUGAAACUUCUAAUUCUAAAAUUAAACCAGCAGCCUAUUACAAGCACAUUCUUUGAUUGAGUCAUUGGUUAUAAAGUUACUAAAUGCAGAGAAGUCAACCAGUUUAGGAAGCUUCUGAGUCGGUGGGACACUGUUGAUUGAUUAAUAAUGUACUGUAUGAAUUAAGUAAUGCUUUAACUCUGAUUUUACAUUUUAAAGUUAAAAUACGGGCAUUAUGUCAGCAAACUUAAGGGCAUUAUGUCACCAAGCUAAAACGUUUCUUUUCUGUGCUUUUAAUGUGUGUCUUUACAUGAUCUGAGAGAGGAUUAUAGAGAAAUAGCUGAGGGAAAGGGCAAACAUCUUCUUGGGAUGAAGCUUUUCCUUACGGUGAUGGUUUAAUUACAGAUUGAGAAAUCAGAAGGAAAUUUCAGUGGAUUAAGUGUAUAGCUUUCAUACCUACAUUUCAAGAAAUUACCAUUGUAACUUGAUAAGAUAAUGAUUUAUUUUAUGUAAACAUCAUUGCAAAGCAAGGUGUAGAAGCUCAGCUAGACUUAUUACUGUGCACGAGAGUAAAUACCUAUCUCAGUUAUUCUUUUUCUUUUCCAAUAUGAAGUUUGCUGAAUGUACAAGAAGAGUUUAUCACUUAGGAUAUAGAGUUUUUUUAGGGGUUCGGGGAGGGGCCGUGUCAGGAAAUUACCUAUAAAUAAAGAUUGUCUUGAUUUGAUCCGAAACAUAAAACUUGAAGCUAUUCUUGAACUAACACGGAAAAAUAAAUGGCUAUUGUUUUAAAAAAAUGAUAGAAAUAUAUUGUUGACAGGAUAUGAAUUAUUUUCUACAAACUGUAAUUGAUGAGGACAUGGAUAAUAUCUUCAUGUUUCUGAAAAGUAAUCUGUACAUGGGGGGAGGGGAUAAUAAAUAUUAUUUCUAACCAA